AUGAGGAUUUCAGUGGUUGUUGAACUACAGGGAGGUCCAGUGGAGGAGAUGCGAGCGGUGUUGCGCCUGGCUGUCUUGGCUGUCCCCAUGGGUGUGCUGCUGUCCCGGACCAUGGCGUGGAUGUCCAGUGGCAAGACACAUUCAGAGCUCAUCAACAGGCUGAGAGAUCAUGGGGUCAUUCGCAACGACCGAGUGUUUGAAGCCAUGCUGGCCACUGACAGAGGACUUUACUCCAGAGACUAUCCUUAUGCAGAUUCUCCACAGACCAUAGGCUACAGGGCAACCAUCAGUGCUCCCCACAUGCACGCGCAUGCUUUGGAGCUGCUGAGCGACAAACUGACUGAAGGCGCCUCGGCACUGGAUGUAGGUUCAGGAAGUGGAUAUCUCACAGCCUGCUUUGCAAGAAUGACGGGACCCAGUGGUAGAGUGGUUGGCAUCGAACACAUUGAUGAACUGGUGCAAAUGUCAAUAAAAAAUGUGCAAGCUGAUGACCCUGAGCUGCUGUCUUCUGGACGGGUGAGAUUUAUAGUGGGAGAUGGAAGACUUGGCUUUCCAGAUGGAGCGCCAUAUGAUGCCAUUCAUGUUGGUGCGGCUGCAGCUGCCGUUCCCAAGGAUCUCUUAGAGCAGCUAAAGCCAGGAGGAAGGAUGGUUCUUCCAGUGGGCCCUGAAGGUGGCAGUCAGGCGCUAGAACAGUAUGAUCGUCAAAGCAACGGGACCUUCCUCAAGAAAGCUUUGAUGGGAGUGAUUUAUGUUCCACUCACUGACAAGAGGCAUCAGUGGCCAGGGAGUAAUUCACCUUCAUUGCUAUCCUUCCUUGUUUCUUCAGAGGCGAGCUGUGACUGCAGUGUGGUUGCCCCUGCAGGAGGUGGCACUGGUGUUGUAUUUCUGGGGUCUGGUAGUUCUCCUCACUCAUUGAGCUCAUGUGUUCAUGACCUUCUGCUCCACUGGGCCGACACCGAGCACCGUAAAAAGAGAAUCCUGAUCCUGAACAGACUGCCUGCCUGGAGAGCCGACACAAUAAGUAACCGAAUAAGUGAGCUCUGGUUUACUGAUUGCCGUGUUCCCACAAUUCUUGGGAGAAAGAAAAACGGGAAUGUUGAUGAGAAAGAACUGGCAGCGUUGUUUAUGAGAAAGCUUGUGAAGCAAUGACCUAUUACAUCUUGGAAGCAACAGUAAUAGUUUAAAAUGCUUGCAGGAGAUUCAAAUGAGUGCUUAAUGUUUGUGCAAGCUUAAGGGAAUGCUUUGAUCACAAAUGCAGUGAACACAUGGGGAUAAGCCACAAAACUAAUAAAAAAUAACACAAUAAAGUGAUAUAUAUUU